UUUGUCAUCACAUUCAGUUCAGGACUGCAAGCUCACCACUCAGCUAAAAUAUGAAAUCGUUUCACCAUGGGGCUUGAACAUUCAGCGGCAGUGCUGCUAUGCAGGAAACAUUGGCUGUCAUUCUCGUAAUCCCUUUGUAUUUUAUGAGCUCCUCUAGUUUUAAUUAUGUCUAGCAAACUUGUCAGUAAAACUGGUGAAGAUCUGCAUUUGUGAUUGUGUUAGAGCAGACUCAGGCGAUGAAAUCCUUCCAGGGGAAUGAAAUCCCCCCCCUCCCGGAGUCUCUUAAUUUGUUCCUGUUUAUUGCACCAUGUCAGCUGUUGUGAGGGAGGAUCCUGGCUAACUGAAAUGCCUGGCAACUGUAACCAAGGGGCAGGCAUUGCUGCGCUUGGGCACUGGUCUGUGUAAGUGACUUGAAGCAGGAAGGAAACGAGAAUGAGGGAUAAUAAAACAUGGAGCUGUAGGAGACAAAAGAAGAGAUGGAAGUCUUUGAUUAUUUUUGAAUGGGGAAACAUCUUCAGGGUGUGCAGGAAGAGGAGGAUAAUGAUAAAAGAGGGAGAACAUUGGAAAGAGAGAGAGAGAGAAUAGUGUGCUGGGAGGAGUUGUGUGCGAAAGAGGACCUCAGGUGGCACCAAAAGGGGGAGGGAGGAGAGAUAGAGAGUGAGCAAGAGCGGGAGAGAGCGGGGAAAGGGAGGAGGGAGCGAAUGUGAUCGAGAGGCACAGUGGAAGAGAGAGCGAGACUGUGAAGGGGGAGCCACUCACAGCAUCUCUGAACACCAGCAGUGAGGGGCUGUUCUCUUUUCCUCGGCUGGUUUCUAAUUUGCCGCACACUUUGGAAUAGAUCUGUUCAAAGUCUUUUUGCUUGAAUUUUCAAUUUCAAAGUGCAUUUUGCACUGUGCACGCUCGGCAGGAAUUGCUGUCAACCUGCUUUGGCUCACAGGUCUCUGAAAGGACAAGGACAGAAGCGGUACACAGAUCUUCCGAUUUCGGGAACGGACUUAGUACUUUAGAGGAGACUUUACAGAAUGUGUCACAAAGAAGUUGGAGAAGCAGCAGUGAGGUCUACCUCAAAAGGAAAGAAGCUGGGUAUGUACAACUAAACAGAUGCAGAGGUUGGGAUGCCAUGUGAUGUGCAAACUGUGGACUGAAACCAAGAACCUUGGGAUUUAAUACCUGUCCUGAUGCGAUCUGUGGAGAAACCUUCACAUAAGGAGCUAUAUACCUGUUUUGGAAGACACAGGUUUCUUCUUAUUUUUACGUGACCUGCUUUUAUCCGAGGCACAGUGAAAGUUCAUGACAAGUAAAUGGAGCAAAUAAAACCGAAGCCAUUGCUGUGGCCCCCCAGAACACAAUCUUGAAAUUUUGAUUAGUUCCGUUUUGCCUAACUUAGACUCCCGCAGGCUAUGAGCUGUGCUCUGCACAGAGAUGGCUCUGGCAACUCUCAUAUGCUGUUCUGUGUUUUUUUAGAGUGUCUGUGUUUUGAUUUGGACUAUAGAAACCAAAAGAGGGUCGAGACUGGCAAAGAGGACACAAUUCCAGAAACAAAACAUGGGUCAUGUUACUGUUUGGUGACAAACUAAUAUGAUCAGAUUUUUAUGAUCAGAUUUUUUCAGACUUUUGCAACUCUUGAAAUUAAUUUUUUGUGGACUUAGGAGAAGGUAUGACCCAGGAACUUUGUUCAUUUACAUUUUGUUACCUUUAUUGGUUCUUGUCUUAAUCCUUCUUAUAUUGUCUUAACUGGUCACAGGAAACUUAGGACCAGCUUAAGGAAUUGGUCAACUUCACUGUGGGUGCCGCGGACAAUAUUGCCAACUGGCCUUCAGCACAAAUACCCAACCCUUUUGUUUCCAGCAGCCAUAGUUUUGUUUGCAGAGGAAAUAUUUCUGCUUCACAAUUACUGAACUGCUCCUAAGCAUGACUGAUUUCAGAGGAGUGCUUGGCAAUUUUUUUUCUUCUCCACACAGACUGUAUUGAUUUUUGCCAAUGCUCAAUUCAUUGAGAUCCAGCCAUGUGAAAGACAGAGGUAAAGGGGAAUAGGCAGCAGAUUGAGAUCAAGAAAGCACAGACACAGGAUCACUUUGCAGGCCAUCUACAACGGAACCUUAUCCAAGUGGACAAGGUCCGGGACAAUGAACCGGUCGGUGCUGAUCGAACCGGUUCCCACUGUAAACAGCAGCCUCAGCGGUCACUUCGUCGUGUCCCUAAACCAUUCCUGCCCCCUAGGCUGGGGGCAGAACAAGGCCAUGGAAGCAUGCGUCGUAGAGACUGCUGUCAUUGUGUUGCUGACGGUGCUCAUCAUUGCUGGGAAUUUAACGGUGAUCUUUGUAUUUCAUUGUGCCCCAUUGUUACACCACUACACCACCAGUUACUUUAUCCAGACUAUGGCCUACGCAGAUCUGCUGGUGGGGCUAAGUUGCCUGGUUCCAACCCUUUCUUUGCUCCAUUACCCAGCUGGUGUCCAAGAGCCCCUCACCUGUCAGGUGUUCAGCUACGUCAUCUCUGUUCUCAAGAGCGUAUCGAUGGCUUGUUUGGCUUGCAUUAGCGUGGACCGCUAUCUGGCUAUUACCAAGCCUCUCUCCUACAACCAGCUGGUAACACCCUGCCGCCUUCGCUGCUGCAUCAUUCUCAUAUGGAUUUACUCUUGCGUGGUGUUUCUCCCGUCUUUCUUUGGCUGGGGUAAGCCAGGGUACCAUGGGGAUAUCUUUGAAUGGUGUGCCCACUCUUGGCCCACUUCUGCACUCUUCACUGGAUUUGUUGUGUGCCUGCUGUACGCCCCUGCGGCCCUAGUGGUCUGUUUCACCUACUUCCACAUCUUCCGCAUCUGCCAGCAGCACAACCGAGAGAUCAAUGAGCGACGGGCACGCUUUCCCAGCCAGGAGAUGGAAACUGCCGAAGGGGGCAACCACGCAGGCCACGGGCCAGACCGGAGGUACGCAAUGGUGCUCUUCCGGAUCACCAGUGUUUUCUACAUGCUUUGGCUCCCCUACAUUUUUUAUUUCCUUCUGGAGAGCUCCCAUGUGCUGGACAGCCCUGCCCUCUCCUUUGUGACCACCUGGUUAGCAAUUAGCAACAGCUUCUGCAACUGCGUCAUUUAUAGCCUGUCCAACAGUGUAUUCCGGCUGGGGAUGCGUAGACUCUCACAGACGCUCUGCUCCUCCUGCUCAUUCAGCCCCUGCACUCAUGAUGACAAGGACUUUGGAGAGCCAAAGCCAAGAAAGAGAGCCAACUCCUGCUCCAUCUGAAGGUCUCGAAGGGUUGCUUGGAUCAGUCAUACGCUUCUAAGUGUUGUUGCAAUGGAUUUUAAUGUAAUUGUAACUAUUGGUCGUUAGAAGAAACUACCAACAGUGAGGAUGUUGAAGUUGUCUAAUAGUCAUGUGAUCUACAUACCCUAGUAAAUAUUAAGAUAACACCUGCCUUGGUCCUGUAAAUACCACAGAAAGGUCACUGGCCACAACUAGUUUAACAACCUAGAGAUAUGCAGUUUUUAGAGCAUUUGUGAGCAAAAAACAAAGCCAAGGGGUGGGUUUAAAGCUCUCGCUUGUGAUGGCUCUUUCCAAAUAUAGAGCACACUUGCUAUUUUUAGAUACAUUGCCCAUGUUGCUGGAUUGGUUGUUUUGAUGUUUGUUGAAUUAGUUUUGUGUCACAGCUGUAACUGUAAAAACGGUUGCUUUACAAAACGAUGAGAGCUUAAAAUCUUAACUAGCUGGGUCUUCUCCUAGUUGCUUUUAUGGUGCAGUGUAUCUUGAAUCUUAAAUAAUCACAGGCAAUUCAAGUCAAAAGCGAUGUAGCAAAGGAUAAACAGCUUGGUCUGUGUUUAUUUUUUCAAAAUCUUCAUUCUAGAUCAGAUCUUUUUGUAGGAAAUCUUGAAAUACCACAUGCACACAAUAUCAACAAAUGCCUGUAAUAGAUGUGGACUGUAGUUUAGAUCCCCAGAGGUGUAAAGCCUUAGCUGUUUGUAAUUAGACCUAUUUGCCUGCAGUGACCCUUUGAGAAACAUGCAAUACAGCAUGUUUUAUUUUUUAGUUCAUAUUUUUGCCAGAUCAGCUUUAACUUAACUUGACCUGACCUUCAUAUUACCUAAAGCUGAGCUUUUUCAACACACUUUAAUAUAUUUGUCCAAACUGUUUUUUUUUUGUCUAAAGUCUACAAAUGUAAUUUUCAUUCUUACUCAGUUUUAUCUCUCUCAAAGAGAUGUUAAUUUAUUUUUAUAUUUUUUAAUGAGUUUUAAACAGUUGACAUGAUAUAAUUAUUUUUCAAUUUAAAAUGCAUGUAAAUUUAACAAUUUUUUUUUAAAAUAGUCAAAAAAAGUACAUAGACAAAUUGUUUAGUUUUUAUUUUAUUCUGUUCUAGUUUAUACAUUCCAAUUCCAGUUAAUACAUCCCAAUUAUUUUCCAAGGAUUUACUGAUUUUCUGCACAUGUGUGACUGUCACAAUAUACUACUUGUCAUAUUUGUUUCUGCAAUGAGUAUUUUUGUUAUUAUGCAUCAGCCAUUAUUUUUGUAAUGAUACAGAUAAUACAAUAUAUGGCUGCUUCUUUUUGAAUUAUAAUACUUGGGUAUUGUUUGGGGCAGCGUUAAACUCAUUGCUUGAGUCUAGUAUUGGUGGUUUAGUAAGAAACUGGAUUUUUUUGUGCAUAUUUCAGUUUGUUUAUGCCUGUAAAAUUGAUGUUACAGCCCUGUACAUGCUGAACUACGCAGCUCUAAAAAUAUCACAAUACAACAACUAGUUGAUGUGCAUUAGAUAAUGAAGAAAAGAAAAAAGAUAAUAAGAAUAGACUCUUUCUUUCAAAUUAAAUGGUGAGGGUGUUCUUUUUUCAUUCUUAAUAACAACUUAGAGAAAUUGACUAUUUAUCUAUUUAUUUUAUUUAUUUUUCAAUGUCCAAUGGAUAUGAAACUGAUAAAAUAGCAUUAUAUUCCUGUAUUCAUUUUGCUGAUGAAACUAUAAUGUCUCCAUUUUAUUUCUUGAUUAUGAGAAUAAA